AUGGAUCAACAUUUGAUUAAUACUGUUAAUCGUCUUCAGGACGCGUUAGCCACCUUGGGUCCUAAUGCUAACCCAAUCGAUCUCCCCCAAAUUACUGUUGUUGGUUCUCAAUCUAGUGGAAAGAGUUCAGUUCUUGAGAACAUUGUGGGCCGUGACUUUUUGCCUCGAGGAACUGGCAUUGUUACUCGACGCCCAUUGGUUCUACAACUGAUUAACCGCAGACCCACCACCACCAUCACUGCUGCAAAACCAAAUGGCACUUCCAACAGUAGUAGCAAUGGCUCAUUAAUAGAUACCGAUGAUGCAAAACCCAAGGAAAUCUUAGCACCUGUAGGUGAGCAAGUGAAUGAAACCAAUCCUGAUGAAUGGGGUGAGUUUUUGCACAAGCCCGGACAAAAGUUUUUCGACUUUAAUGAAAUUAGAAAAGAGAUUGUUCGUGAGACAGAUCUCAAGACCGGAAAGAAUGCCGGCAUUUCAUCAGUCCCAAUUAAUCUUCGCAUUUACUCUCCUCAUGUUCUCACUUUGACUUUGGUUGAUUUGCCAGGUCUUACCAAGGUGCCUGUGGGAGACCAACCCAAGGACAUUGAGAUUCAAAUCAAGGAGAUGAUUUUGAAGUUUAUUACCAAACCCAAUGCUAUUAUCCUUUCUGUCACUGCCGCUAAUACCGAUUUGGCCAACUCUGAUGGUCUUAAACUGGCUCGUGAGGUUGAUCCUGAAGGUUCGCGCACCAUUGGUGUACUUACCAAGAUUGAUUUGAUGGACCAGGGCACAGACGUUAUUGAUAUUCUUGCAGGUCGUGUUAUUCCUCUUAGAUAUGGUUACGUCCCUGUAAUUAAUCGCAGUCAAAAGGAUAUUACAUCUCACAAGUCGAUUCGUUCAGCUCUUCAGUUUGAAAAGGAGUUUUUCGAAAAUCAUCCUGCAUACCGCGCCAAGGCUCAGUAUUGUGGCACUCCCUACUUGUCGAUGCGCCUCAAUAGCAUUUUGCUGAACCACAUUCGCACGACACUUCCUGACAUUAAGUCACGAAUUGACAAUACCCUUAAGAAGUACGAGGCUGAGCUGGCGACGCUGGGUCCUCCCGAGCUGGGCUCUCCAUCCAACAUUGUGUUGUCUACCAUUACUGAGUUUUGCAACGAAUAUAGAUCGAUUUUGGAUGGUCAAGGGAAUGACGUUUCAUCGCUGGAACUGAGUGGUGGUGCACGUAUCAGUUUUGUAUUUCAUGAGAUUUUUUCUAAUGGUAUCAAGGCUCUUGAUCCGUUUGACCAAAUUAAGGAUGUGGAUAUUCGAACGAUUUUAUACAAUUCUGCAGGUUCGUCACCGAAUUUGUUUGUGGGGACUGCUGCGUUUGAAGUUCUUGUGAAGAAGCAAAUUAAGCGGUUUGAAGAGCCUGCACUUAAGUGUGUGACUCUUGUUUACGAUGAGCUUGUGCGAAUUCUGAGUCAGAUUCUGGCUAAGCAGCAGUUUAACCGAUACCCGACUUUGAGGGAAAAUAUUAACAAUGUGUUUAUUGGGUUUUUGCGCAAGUCGCUUAUUCCUACUAAUAAGCUUGUGACUGAUUUAGUAUCUAUGGAGGAGGCUUACAUUAAUACGGCACACCCAGACUUGAUCAAGGGUAGCAGUGCUAUGGCGAUUGUGACUGAGAAGAUGCAACUAUCGAAGCCUGUUCAGCUGGAUCCCAAGACUGGCAAGCCUCUUCCACAUCAACAUGUAAGUGUACCAUCGACCAAUAAUGACGAUGAGGGAGGAUUUUUCAGCAAUUUUUUUGCAUCCAAGAAUAAGAAGCGUCUUGCAGCAAUGGAGCCUCCACCAACGACUCUGCGGGCGUCUGGUCAGAUGACUGAACGUGAGACGAUGGAGACAGAGGUAAUUAAGAUGUUGAUUCACUCUUAUUUUGCUAUUGUACAGCGAACAAUCACAGACAUGGUUCCCAAGUCGAUUAUGCUGAAGCUAAUUAUAUAUUCGAAGCAGGAGAUGCAGCGAGAGUUGCUGGAGAACUUGUAUAGAACAGAUUCACUUGCUGAUUUGGUGAAGGAGAAUGAGAACACUGUGCAACGUCGCAAGGAGGUUAAGAAGAUGGUUGAUGCACUUCGUCAUGCAGCUGAAAUUGUUUCGAGUGUUUAA